AAAGCUCUGUGCUCCAAGUUAGAAAAACGCUUUUACGAGGUAUCAGCACUUUUCUUUCAUUGGGGAGAAGGCGUGAGGAAAGUACCAAACAGCAGCCGACUUUUAAACUUUAAACAGACAGGUCUGAGAGCCUCAACUCUCCUUUUCCUUUGACUUCAGCCUCCAAGGAGUUCCACCACUUUGGCGCGCCGGCUUCACUUUCAUUAAGUGAAAGAGAGGUGCCCAGACAUGGGUGACUGGAGCGCCUUGGGGAAACUUCUGGACAAGGUCCAAGCCUACUCCACGGCUGGAGGGAAGGUGUGGCUUUCAGUGCUCUUCAUUUUCAGAAUCCUGCUCCUGGGGACAGCGGUUGAAUCAGCUUGGGGUGACGAACAGUCUGCCUUUCGCUGUAACACUCAACAACCCGGUUGUGAAAAUGUCUGCUAUGACAAGUCCUUCCCCAUCUCUCACGUGCGCUUCUGGGUCCUUCAGAUCAUAUUCGUGUCUGUGCCCACACUCCUGUACUUGGCUCACGUGUUCUAUGUGAUGAGAAAGGAAGAGAAGCUGAACAAGAAAGAAGAGGAGCUCAAAGUGGCCCAGACCGACGGGGUCAACGUGGAGAUGCACCUGAAGCAGAUUGAAAUCAAGAAGUUCAAGUACGGGAUUGAAGAACACGGCAAGGUGAAGAUGAGAGGUGGCCUGCUGAGAACCUACAUCAUCAGCAUCCUCUUCAAGUCUGUCUUCGAGGUGGCCUUCCUGCUGAUCCAGUGGUACAUCUAUGGGUUUAGCCUGAGUGCUGUCUACACCUGCAAGAGAGAUCCCUGCCCCCACCAGGUGGACUGCUUCCUCUCACGUCCCACGGAGAAAACCAUCUUCAUCAUCUUCAUGCUGGUGGUGUCCUUGGUGUCUCUCGCUUUGAAUAUCAUUGAGCUCUUCUAUGUCUUCUUCAAGGGCGUUAAGGAUCGCGUGAAGGGAAGAAGCGAUCCUUACCACGCCACCACCGGCCCACUGAGCCCAUCCAAAGACUGCGGGUCUCCAAAAUAUGCUUACUUCAAUGGCUGCUCCUCACCAACAGCUCCACUCUCACCUAUGUCUCCUCCUGGGUACAAGCUGGUCACUGGUGACAGAAACAAUUCCUCCUGCCGCAACUACAACAAGCAAGCCAGCGAGCAAAACUGGGCGAAUUACAGCGCAGAGCAAAAUCGAAUGGGGCAGGCCGGAAGCACCAUCUCCAACUCCCACGCCCAGCCGUUUGAUUUUCCUGACGACAGCCAAAAUGCCAAAAAAGUUGCUGCUGGACACGAACUCCAGCCCUUGGCUAUCGUGGACCAGCGACCUUCCAGCAGAGCCAGCAGCCGCGCCAGCAGCAGACCUCGGCCUGAUGACCUGGAGAUUUAAACAGGCUUGAACAUCAAGCUGCCAAUCGAUUGUGGAGGAGAAAAAAGGGUGCUCGCAGAACGUGCACCUGGGGUUUUCAUUUCGUUCCCAUGGAGGUGGUACUCAACAACCUCAGUAAUGAGGCGUAAAAAACAAAGACAUUACAAUAUCUAGGUUCCUUGGGGGUGUUUUGGGAUAGCUGGUCAGAAAAAGUAGGGAUAAGGGAGGUGCAUAUUGGUAUCUGAUGUAGAAGAUUCAAAGAACUUAAAUUCUAGUAAGAUUCGCUUUGGGUGAAACAUAGAUAAGGGCUUUCUCUCUGCCCCCAAACUGAACCUUAAGAAUGGUUCUGUAUACGUGAGUGAGUGGGUGAUAAUUUUUUUUAAUUUUUGUUUUACUGAGAUUCUGCGAUAGCUUUGAGCAGGAGUCCGAAUCCUCAACAAUGGCAUUUCCUUUAUGGAAAGACAGGUUGUCCUACAUCCCCGCUAAAAACAUUCCAGUGUUUAAAAACUUUUUUUUUUUUUUGGCAGGCAAGCUUCCCUGGCCUGACCCUCCAGGUGUGGAUGGACCUUGUGCUACUUACUAUACACGAUUUUCAUUCUUGGUAUCAAUUGGAAGUUCAGACAAGGUUCAAAGAAAAAGAUUGCCCAUGUAUUUGUAUCUCAGCCGGUUGUUUUUCGAACCUAUCCCACCUUUGUCUUCCAUAUAUUAUCCUCAACUGGACCUCACCAAAUGAUGAUUUCUAUCGACAUUUUAAAAACAGAACUUUUUUUUUUUUUUUUUUUUUUUGAGUUAGCAUCAGGGAGGCAAGCCAUGCUCAAUAUUUAACAAUUAUUUCUAUGUGUGGGUGUGCGUGUGCGUGAGCGUGUGUUUUGUCAUUAUUGGUACAAGCAAAGGCAGUAUAAACUCAAAUACAGAUUUGAAUCUAAUGCACACAGUGUUCAAAUUUGAACCUUCCUCGUGAAUUUUUGUGGUGUGGGCCAACGUGGUGUUUACAUUAUAGAAUUCCUGGCGUGCGAAAGUGUAAAGCACACGCUUUUUCCCUAAAAUGUUUUUUUCCAUGUAUCCUAUUAUGGAUACUGGUUUUGUUAAUUAUGAUUUUUUUUUCUUUUUUUUAGAAUGUAGCAGUAAUAGCCAUUACUGAAAUGAAUGAUUUCCUUUUUCUGAAAUAUAAUCAUUGAUGCUUGAAUGAUAGAAUUUUAGUACUGUAAACAGGCUUUAGUCAUUAAUGUGAGAGACUUAGAAGAGGGUUGCUUAGAGUGGACUAUCAAGUGAGCCUAAAGGAACUUUGUAGUAACUGAUAAUCUGAUUUUUGUCCUACUUAACCACACAUUAACUCAGAACUUGUAUUCUGAGUUUAACAGUCUUUUAGAUUGACGAGCAACUUGGGAUGUUUGCACUAAGAAUUUCUUUGCGAUACUAGAAGGGGUUAAAGAGGUCUCAGCAGUGCCCAUGUAACUAAUUUAUUUGAACUGUAUGCUAAAGACACCUACCAGUUUCUUCAAGUGACUUUAAAAAAAAAAAACUCAUCACAGAUGAUUGAAAUGUUGAGUUAUCCUGAUUCCUCUUGCGCGUCAGCUACACAAAGAGUUUUUGUACAAUGAGAAACUAAUUUGUUUGACAUUCCAUGUUAAACUACUGUCAUGUUCAGCUUCAUUGCAUGUAAUGUAGACCUAGCCCAUCCAAUCAUGUGCUCGGGAAAGUGUUCUUUAUUCAAUAAAGUUUUAAUUUAGUAUAAUAAAGAU